AUGUUCGACACAGACUCACAGGACGAUUUCCAAUUUAAUCUAGACCGAGUGAUAUCUCACAUCACUGAUCGACAGACAUCUAUAUCUUCAAAACCUAUCCUUCCUUCUUCAGAUUCAAUCACAUCCACAAUCUCUUCUCUUCCUACUACACUACCGGAAAAAGGCUUAGGAACAUCUUCGACUGUCAACUAUCUGUUGGAGAAGGUCUUGCCAGGUAUUCUUCAAGCUCAAAAUGGUCCUAGGUAUUUCGGAUUCGUAAUUGGAGGAGUUACUCCAGCUGCUCAAUUAGCUGAUAUUUUAGCUACAAGUUAUGAUGAAAAUGUUCAAGUGAAUUUGUACCAGCAAACAGCUUCUACAGCUGUUGAACAAAGAUCGUUGGAACUGGUAUCGGAUCUAUUAGAUAUAAAGAGGAACGUCUUUCUGGGUAGAACAAUCACUACGGGCGCUACUUCAGCUAAUGUACUAGGAUUAGCAUGUGCAAGAGAUCAUCUUCUCUCAAAAUCACCGCACCUACCGCUAGGUUAUUCUUGGGCACGUGAUGGACCACCUUCAUCACCUACAUUGCCUUCACCGCCUAUCGUGAUACUCGGUCUUCAUCCCCACUUCUCAAUAGCCAAAGCAUCUUCCUUGGUCGGACUGGGUUCUGGACCUAGAGUCAUUCAGUCAAUGCCUGCCGAUUCAGAGGACGAAUUGGCAUUUGAUUUGACCAAACUUGAAGAAAGGCUCAAGGAGGAGAGUCAAGUGGAAAGAGGCGUGAUAGUGGUUUACGGUGUAGGAGAAGUCAACACAGGUGGUUUUGGUAGUGGUUUAGGGAAAGUUGCGGAAUUAUGUAAACAGUAUGGAAGCUGGCUACAUGUUGAUGCUGCUUUCGGGGGUUUCGCGGGUCUUAUGCCUGAAUUACGUGAAUAUACGAAAGAUAUGGAUAAAGCGGAUAGUCUUACACUUGAUGGUCAUAAAUGGCUCAACGUCCCAUACGAUUGUGGCUUAUUCUAUACCCGUCAUACGUCUUCCCUUACCAACAUGUUUCAACCUCCUUCUGCUUCUGCACCAGCAUAUCUAGCUUCCAACGCUACUUCAGUUUCUGCUUCAGAUCACGACGACCUGCCAGAAGGUACAGUUCGUGCGGCCGAUGUACCAAGUCCCCUAUUCGUUAAUAUCGAGAACUCGAGGAGAUUCAGGGCAUUACCUUUAUUGGCCAGUUUGCUGAGUUUAGGUAAAGAGGGUUACACAGAUAUAAUCAUCCGAAACAUCAAUUUCGCUCGUUCAGUAGCGACAUACAUAUCGACUUCAGAAUAUUAUGUACUCCUCAAUCCUUCACCACCUUCUUUCGUUCAUAAAGGUAGUGAAAAAAGAGAUGGUGCGAUCAUACCAUCUAAUAUAGUACUUUUCCGAGCACGAUCUUCUUCAACCCUUUUCCCACCGCAAGAUAAGACAUCUUCGAUCAAAUUGACAAAAGCAAUCAAUGAAUCUAGGAAAGUGUACGUUUCGGCGACUUCCUGGAGAGGAGAAGGAGCCGUCAGAAUAGCUGUCAGUAAUUACCUUACUGAUCAGAAAAGGGAUUUGAGAAUCGUUCUUGAUGUGUUGGAAACAGUUGGAAAAGGAGAGAAAGUAUCAUGGGAAGAGGAAGGGGCUGGAAAUGGCUUAGCGUAA